UACCACAAGAUUCCCGCACUCAGGAAACAGUACCAGGCGGCUUGACCUUCGGUCUCUGUGAGGCUCAGUUCUCUUCUCAGUUCUCACCGAGUUCUUCUCCUCCAACCCGUUCUCCUUCCACGAGAAAAGCUCGAGUCCCGAUCGUCGCUCCGCUCCGGUCCUGCCUGCGCCCGGUAACAAGCAUAAUGUCUGAUGGAGAGGAGACACAUUGGUGCUACCAGUGCAGCCAGCGAUUUGGUCUCCAUGGCCAAGAAGUAAUUUGCCCUUCUUGCAAUGGAGGUUUCGUGGAGGAACUGACCGGAAUUGAUGACUUACCUACUGCAGAAUAUUUCAUGCCUAACUCUGGGGACAUUCCUCCCAGAAUGCCUUAUAUGUUGGAUAUUGUGCAUGCUUUAACGAGGCAAGGAGGUUUCGGCUCGAGGAGGGGAUUCAGAGACCCUACUGGUUCCAUGAUGAGAGAGGCAAUUGCUGGCCGAAAUCCCAACUUUGCUGGUAGAAGGCAUCUAAAUUCAGUUCCAGAAGAAACACGGGACUUCCUUCCUUCCACUCAUUACAUGUCAUUUCACGGUCAGACACCUGAUUCAGCCUUCUUGCACCACAGUAGAGAGAAUGGACCAAGGGACACUGACUUUGAUACUUACUUCAUGGGUCCACCAGGACUGGAAGAGCUGAUCAACUUUCUAUCUAUGCAUAACCACGGAGGUCCAGCCCCUGCACCUCCUUCUGCAAUCAAUGCAAUGCCGACCGUCAAAGUCACCCAGACACAUAUACUUGCUGAUGCAGAUUGCCCUGUGUGCAAAGAGGAAUUCGUGUUGGGCUCAGAAGUGAGGAUGAUGCCUUGCCACCAUAUUUAUCACUCUGAUUGUAUCGUAACCUGGUUAGAACGGCACAAUUCAUGCCCGGUUUGCCGCAUUGAGAUGCCUGCUCAGGGGAGUGACAGUAGUAGUCAUAAUGGAAUGGGGAAUGCUCGGCAAACCCAUGGAACCCAUGGAAGGAGUCGUCACCCAUCUUCUCGGUGGCAUUUCUAGCUCUUCAAACCCAAAGAUGUCACUAUGUUCAUAGGAAUCAUGAGAUAGAUGGGAGUGAUCUGGAAAUGAGGGUUUGAUUAUGGCGCGUUGCCUUUCAAUAGAUAAAUAAACACAUCCACAACACUACUGGAAGUAAAGAGAUACUUCCCACUGCAUUUGUAUAAAUGGGUAGGUGUGGGAUUUCAUUGCCGAUGCGAAGUUUGGCUGAUUCUGUAUCUUAUGUAACUCUGUUCCGUUCUUCAAAACAUAUCCCUGUUUAAACCUGCUGUUGCUUGAAAUGAAUCUGCUAUUGUUGGCUUGCUUAUAUGUGAAGCAAUGCUUAUCUA